UCUACUUUGAGAAUGGAAGGCACUAGAAAUUUUCGGAGAAAUUCCAAUACAGAUUCCAGUAGUCCACGAUGUUACAAUCGCAAGCCAUUGGUAAGAGAUAGUCCACCAAGUCCAACCAAUGAACAACGCCAGAGAUCCAAAAAAGCAGAGAAGUCAAAACAGCCUGAUUCAACUCAUAUUAUAAAUGAUCCAAACCUAUCUGAAGAUGACACACCACCACCUGACGAAAUGAAGCCUUCUGCCAUGAAUCCUUUACCUUCAGUGACAAAUAAGCCACAAUCGAAAGCACAGGAGGAUGUAUCAGGGUUGAACUCUUCAAUCUCUUAUUGUGUUCUACUUCUACUGGUAGUUUUUGGCAUUGCCUUAUUACCAGUUUAUUUUGGUGGUCAUAUAUCGGGCUUCUGGUCUUCUUACUACCAUGCUGGAAAGGAGAGGGUAUCAGCCCCAGUUAAUACUUUAAGCCAAGCAAUGGAAUUACUUGAUGAAAUGCAGAACUCUUUUCCUUUGCAAAAGACAGAAACAUGGAUAGGUUUCCUCUCUGCACUCAGUAGUGUUAUUGAAGAGGAACCAUCCCAGCCAGCUGUUGUUCUUCUCGUUGGCGUGAACACACCAGCUAUUACGCGUACCAUGCAGUGUGUUGCCUUAGCUCUGGCUACCAACACCAAUAAGCUACUUCACGCGACGAAGUUCACGGAUUUCAAAUUCCCUGGAGUAACGGUCAAAGUUGAUGAAAUUUUCAAUCUCCAGCAACAGGAAGACGCUAUAAAGAAAGAGCUCGAUGCGCAAAUCCAUUCUAUCCUCAACCAGUCUUUUUCAAUUGUGCUUGGACCUUUGGAGAUGAUCCCACCGCGAGCAGCCUUAUUGUUGCACGGCUACUGCGACAACUUCAUGGCUCCUUUCAAAAAACGUGUAAUCAUCUUGACUGCCACGUUUGACUCUGAUAAGCCGCUCAAUCCAAAACAGCUUGAACAGAAACUUCACAAUCUCUGGGAUCCCGCACUAGGCAUAGACAUAUCCGCUUCUAUUGUGUCACGAGUGGCCAAUAACGUGGUUUUCAUCGAACCAGAAUCCGGCUCCACACAGUGUAAGGACAUCGGGAGUGUUUAAUUAACGAAUGGACAAUUUUGUGACAAUAAAAGAAUGUUGAUAA